AUGUCUUUCCUUCAUAAUCAUUCUUGCGAGUGCGUUAAGUCAGAAUUGGAUUUGUUUGCACUACCGUCUACACAAACUAGCAUUGAAAAUGGAUUGUGGAUUCAUUAUAAACCAAUUUCAUCUCUUGGUGAUGAUGGACCUAUCGAGUUUCAAGUUCCUGGGACCGGCGAUGACUACAUAGAUUUGUCUCAUACAUUACUCCACAUAAAGGCAAAAGUAUUAAAUCAAGAUUCAACUAACUUGGUAUCUACUACAAUAGUAGCACCUGUAAAUAAUUGGCUGCAUUCACUUUUUAGUCAACUUGAUGUUUAUUUAAACCAAAAACUUGUAUCACCACCUAAUAAUACCUAUGCAUAUCGAGCAUACAUGGAAACCCUUUUAAACUAUGCCCCUGCUGCUAAACAAUCUCAUCUUACUUGUAGCCUUUGGUAUGAGGAUACAGCAGGAAAAAUGGAUUCUACAGAUGGUAAAAACAUAGGAUUUGUUAAAAGACAGGAAUUGAUUAGUGAAAGUAAGGAAAUAGAAAUGAUUGGUCAUCUUCACGGUGACAUUUUUAACCAAGAUAAAUUUUUAAUUAAUGGUGUUGAAAUGAGUGUUAAAUUGGUUCGAUCAAGAGAGAGUUUUAAUUUAAUUGUUGGGUCGAACGAUGUAAAGUUUAAAGUUUGCAUUACGGACGCAACUCUUAUUGUGCGACGAGCACGAAUUAAUCCAAGUGUAUUACUCGCACAUCAAAAAGUUUUAGCUUCUACCACUGCUAAAUAUCCUAUUACUCGAGGUGAAGUAAAAGUUUUAACAAUUCCUUCAGGUGUUCAAGGAAAAACUCUUGAUAAUAUAUUUUUAGGACAGGUACCGAAAAGAUGUAUAAUUGGAUUUGUGAACAAUUCUGCAUUUAAUGGUUCCCUUACUAAAAAUCCAUUUAACUUUGAAAACUAUGGUAUUAAUUCUUUCAGCUUAUAUAUUGAUGGUCAACAAAUACCUUCAAAAGCUUUGCAACCAUCUUUUAAUAAUAGCAUAUUUACAUCAGCAUAUCAUACUCUAUUCUCGGGAACUGGUAUUCACUUUCUUAAUGAAGGAAAUGGAAUCUCUUGUGAACAGUAUGGCAAAGGUUACUGUCUAUUAGCAUUUGACUUAACUCCUGAUUUAUCAGCUAACUCAUCAACUCAUUGGAAUCUCAUAAAGCAUGGUAGUGUAAGAAUAGAAGUACGAUUUGAAUCCUCAUUAAUACAAACAAUUAACUGUAUAGUUUAUGCUGAGUUUGAUAAUAUUAUUGAGAUAGAUAAAAACAGAAAUGUUACUGUAGACUAUAGUAGUUAA